UGCUGUCUGGAGUCAAGGCUGUUCUGGGCUGGAGAGUAUAAAUAACCUGGAAAAUGACAGAGGCAAGAAAAGCCACAUAGCUGGGUACAUUUGAAGUGGACUGAUGCCACAGGGCUGAUGAGCACGUUUAUGGAAUUCAGUAGAUCUGCAGUCCAAUCUCCACCCUCUCUCCCUCUCUCUGCUUUUGCCCCAGCAAGCUCAAAAGUCCUCUCUAACCCUUUUAAUUACCAUGUAACCCUUCCCAGUACAGCCUCUCAUUUUGCUCAGACCUCCUCCAUUACUUAAGACCCAUGCCAGCAUCCCUCUCCUCUCCGGCCUCAGGAUCAGUUUACUGCUGGAUUGAUCCACUUUACAGACUUCUACUGAACUGGGAAUUCACAAGUUGCCAGCAUGUCUAUCGCCAGCAAGGCCGCCCAGGCGAUGCUCUCUGAUGCCCUGCUGAGUGAUAGUAAUGGGGACAAUCGCAUUCGACACCUGGAGCUGGAUUUGCCAUUGGAUAAAGUCAUCAAGUUUGUUUCUGUGGGCCUGCCACUCCUUCUGGUGUCCAUGGCCUUUGCCAGAGAGAUUUCUAUUGGCCCACAGAUUAGCUGCUUUCCUCCCAACAACUUCACAAUAAAGCAGGCAGCAUAUGUGGAUACGUACUGCUGGGACUCUCUCAUACACCAUGAGUUUGACACAGAUGGGAACUUAGAAGAGCGUUCACUGUGGGUACAUAAAAUGUUUCCAUAUUCCUUAUUGGUCAUGGUGAUGAUGAUGUACCUGCCGGCUCUGAUCUGGCAGAAUCUGGCUGUGCCAAGCCUGACCUCUGACCUGUUUUUCAUCAUCGACGAGCUGGACAAGUCUUACAACCGCUCGGUCCACCUGGCUCAGAGCAUCCUGGACCUAAAACAGCAAUCAGAAAACCCACUGCAGUUUCAGGCUGAGCUUGAGAGAGCCAAACGCAAGCGUUACUUUGAGUACCCCCUGUUGGAGAGAUACAUGCAGUGCAAGCAUGGCUCAUACUUCUUGGUCAGCAUGCUCUUCCUGCGAGGCUUCCUGCUCCUGACCUUCAUGUCCGCCUCGUGUCUCUACCUGAUCUACUUCCACCUCUCUGCCUUUCUACAAGACGAAUUCAGCUGCUUUGUGCGCACCGGCCUCCUCCGUGAUCAGCCCUGGGUGCCUGAGCUAGUUCAGUGUAAAAUGACCGGCCUACUUGUGUUUCAGGUCAUUAGCGUAGCUAACGGUGCUGUCUAUGUGCUGCUAGCUCCUAUUGUUCUCUUUAGCCUGCUGCGUUUGUUCUGUUGGGACACAACAUUCCUCUCCCUUUACGAGGUGCUACCCGGAUUGGGGCUCAUGAGCGGUCAGAAACUGGGCUGCCCUCUUAACGAUCUCAAUGUGCUGCUCCUCUUCCUGCGCGCCAACGUAGCACAGCUGCGAUCAUACAGCCGCCUGAGGGCCGUCUGCUCUCUUGCACCUCCUCGACUGAGGGGUGCGAAGGGCGUGCUGAUGGGGGAACAGGCCGAAGAGGCGGCAGAGGCUGCCAAGGAGCUCGAGGAGGAGAUUAGAGAGGCCAGAGAGGAGGGCAAACUCAAUCUAGUAGACAUCAUGACUGUGCUGGGAGCAGCCAGAGGAAACGCAGUGAACUGUCCAGAGCAGCGCCCUCUUGUGGAACAAGACAUGACUCUUGAGCCUAACCACCAGGGGUACCAUGAGUUGAAGGAGACUACAACAUGUUGUUUUGCCUAAAGCACCAGGCAAUGGACUGAAGCAGCACUGUCAGACUCUAGAGGGCCCCAUAGAACAGCUAAACCUCUGAGAUGAAAUAAAGAUAAACAUCCAAUAGCUAGAACUCCUCUUUUAUAGUCCAGAAUCAUAAACAUUUCUGGAUUUAAAAGAAUACUUAUGGAUAUCUUACACAAAUCACCUCAGGAAUACAAACUUAAAAUCUGUACUGACAAUUUGAAAAGCCUCCAAUAGUUAACCUUCUCAAACUUGAACAUUUUUUAUAUCAUUAUUUAUUCUUUUCAUUCUUAUUAUCUGAUUUUUGUGGAUUCCAUAAUUCUUUGAAAACUGGAUCUUUUCUUGACCUUUUAUUCCUGUUUGUAAGUAGGUGAAAUAAAAUUUGUUUAU